GAACGCGAGAGGUACACGCACUACACGCAUACGAUACGCAGCAAUACGCAGAGCAGCGGCGUCGUGACUCGUGUAUGUACGUACGUACGGGCAGUAGUUUUUAACGUAAACGGUGAAUUACGGAGUACCGUAGUACGGAUUUAGUGAGCUCGAGUGAUCGCGCAUUGAAGGGAUAUACGUACAUUGGUUUAACCGUUGAUUUCAGUUUCUUCGUUUCUACAUUUUUCCCCGCUCUCCGCUCCCCGAUUAUCGAUGGAUACGUCUGUUGGUUACCACGCUACCACGGAGACGUCGGCGGCUGGAACGAUGGUGUCAUCUAAUCAGCCGAGGAAAACGAAAAUAUUUGUCGGCCGGUUGCCAGAAAAUUGUCGCAACGAUGAGUUGCGGCAAUUGUUCUUGCGCUUCGGUGAGGUGACUGAGUGCGACGUGAUGAAUCGAUAUGGUUUCGUCCACAUGGCACGGGAGGAAGACGCGGCAGCGGCGAUCAAGGCACUCCACAAUUCCAACUUUAAGGGAGCGACGAUCAACGUGGAACAGUCAACUGGAAAGUCACGCGGAGGCGGAGGAGGACGCCGAGAUGACCGAAGAGGUGGACCAAUGAGAGGUGGUAGGGGGGGACGAGACGGUGGUAGAGACGCUCGUCCUGGACCAUACAAUGAUAGAAGAGUUCUUCCGAUCCAACUCGUUGGUUACGAUGGAUCUGCUGCAGGUGGCGUCGCAACCGGGUACACCGAUUACAAUCGCGGGGCUGGCGACUUUAGCGGCCGUGGGGCGGACUUCGGUGCGGGCUACGCCGAUCGUGGGGCUUAUGGUCAGAACGUGGGUGGCGCGACGAUGGGUUACACCUCGACGGCGCCAGGGAUGGGCGGUGGAUACGGACCGGCUGCCGGUGCCGUGGGAGGAUACGGGCCAACCGGUGCGGCGGACUACGGACGAACGGCUGACUAUGGCCGCGCUGACUUCGGCGCUAGAACAGACUAUGUUGGCGGCGGCAUGGCCGGUGAUUUCAAUCGUGGCGCACCUGGCCCAGUUGAUUACGGUCGUACUGAUAAUUUUGGUGCCAGUCGCACGGUUGAUUAUACAGCGAGAAACGAUUAUGAUCGAAGUGCGACUGGACCAAUGAGAAACGGUGGUGGCGCCGUUGCUACAACUGGAUAUGGAACUGGGUACACUGAUGUGGGAUAUGAUGAGAGCCACUGGCCGAUGAGCACUGGACCUAGCUAUAGCACAGGAGCACCUAGUUACAGCACUGGUCCAGGACCACAAGCUGAUAUGUUUAGUAGAAGACCUGGCAGUGCUGUGCCCAGUGGUGGAUAUCCACCGGUUGCUGGAGGUUAUGCCGAGGGAUAUGACAGACCAGAUGCAUAUGGUCCUCCACGUGGCGGCGGACGCUUCCCAGGUCCGGCAGACGCGAUGCCACCGAGGUACUAAAAGUGUACUAAACGCACUAGCGCAUGCGAAAGGCGACCGAAAAAAACAAAACAAAAACAAAUCGUAAACAAAAGAUCACCGCCUUUUAGCAGCGAUUAUUCGCUUAUCGGACUCAAUUACCUAGGAAUUGCCCUCUGCGUCCGUCACUGAGUCCACAAUAUAUAUAUUAUAAUGAAAACUAUAUAAAACUUACAAUAGAAUAUCGUUUAAUUGUAUCGUAAAAUACGGUAACAAUAAGAUUAUCAAUAGAUGAUAUAUAAAUAAUUAAUUGAAUUUAAGCCCAGUUUUUUUUUAAUACACCAUGGAUCAGUUUAUAAAUCGAUCGAUUAAUCAAUUUAUUAUAAACUUGCUAUGUUAGCCUUACUAUGUAUAUUUGAAGAGAAUUUUCAGCAUUACAUUAUUCAUGCAGUUUACGUUCAAUUUUUUUUCCCUGUGCUCCCUUUUGCUAUGAAUUGAAAAAGCACAAUGUUAUCUAGCGUGGGUUUAGCAUUUUCCUCAACUUAAUUUUCUUAACGCCUACGUUAUAGCGUAUAGAUGAUUUUGUUGUAUCCCAUAGUGUUAAUUCUACAAAGGUGACUUAUACUAUAAUACAAUAAUACCGCUGUAUAAUCUUUUUUUUACACAUAAGAACUUGAAUAAUGUUUCCAAAUGUUCAUAAGGCAAAGAAUAGAUAGCAGUUAUCACAAUGUACCUUUAUAUAAAACAAAUAAAGUGCAAAUGUGAAUGCCCUAAAGCAAUCUUUA